CGCUGUGAAAUCGUGGAAGUUCGUGCGUUAAAAGGCAAAUGGCCGGCGCAGCGUGUACGAGCGGGAUACGUGUACGACGUCAAAGUACACAUCGGGGUGCAUAGUUCAAUAAUGUGUAACGAAUAAUGUUAAGUGUACGGGACGGUUAGUGAUUACCGUAUAAAUAAACGUGAUGCGAGGGGCCUUACGUUAUAGGCCAUGUAAGACCGGUCUGUUAGUAGGCCGGCGAUGACCACUGAGAAUCCCCCGAGCGCGGUGAUGAAAUCCGUGUCGGAGGGCGAGCUGGGCGUGGAAGAGGUUGUUAAAUCAUACGAGACCAAAUCUCAAGAAUCUAACUCGAGGCUGAAGCGAACCUUCACGCUUCCGAGGAAUUUAUUUCUUAGUGCCACAAGAAUGUCGAAGCGUCGAACGAAUAAAAGUCGUGAUUCUAAAGACGUCAACGGCGCUGUCAGUGGAAAAGAUAAUUCUAAAAACAACGUGCAACAGCAACAACAGCAACAAUAUAAUACGGUCGAUAACAGCAUGCAGCAGAACGUAGGAAGAUUACAUUGUGGAAAUAACCAGCAGGCGGCAUACCAUCAAGAGAAAUCUGCCAGCAAGAAAGUAUUCGUAAUGUCAUCCUGGAGGAAGUUUAUUAAGAUUAUGCAACACAUGUCAAACGUAGGUACGCAAAACAAAAGCUCUCACAGGGAUGAGCUUGGUUCUAGUGCAACUGAUAUUCGAGUGCCACCACCGAGACCAGCACACAUUCCAGCUGACAGAGUACCCGGCGUUAUAGGUCUGCGCAAUCACGGUAACACGUGCUUCAUGAACGCUGUACUCCAGUGUCUAUCACACACGGAUAUAAUAGCCGAAUAUUUUGUUCUUGACCAAUACAAAGUUGAUUUAUCGCGACGUAACAAACUUAAUUCGAAGAAGUACGGCACCAAGGGAGAAAUUACCGAACAGUUAGCUUUACUUUUAAAAGCAAUCUGGAGUUGCCAAUAUGACCCAGAAAUGAGUACUGCUUUUAAGAGUGUUGUUGAUAAAUACGGUAGUCAGUAUCGUGGUAAUCUUCAACACGAUGCCCAAGAAUUCCUUCUCUGGCUACUUGAUAAGGUUCAUGAGGAUCUCAAUCAAGCUACCAAAAAGAAGUAUAAGAUCAUAAAGAAUUCUUUUGGCAGACCCGACGACGUCGUAGCUGCUGAAACUUUAGCGAAUCACCUUCGUUGUAACAAUUCUUUCGUUCAUGCCGUAUUCCAGGCACAAUUUCGAUCUAGUCUUACGUGUCCGAGAUGUCAUCGGCAAUCAAACACGUUCGAUCCAUUUCUUUGCGUCUCGGUACCAGUCCCACAAAAUCAUCGGCAAAUGAAUCUCUUUGUAAACGUUCUCUACACGUCUCAACAACCAAGACAAGUUAAGAUUGGCGUCAGCGUGAAUCAAGCUGCGAACGUGAGGGAACUCAGAGAAAUUUUAGCAAGCGAUACUGGCAUUGAAGAGAAUCAUAUGUUGUUGACUGAAGUUCAUGACGAAGGAUUUCAUAGGACAUUCUCCGAUUGCCAACCAUUGUCUGUGAUCACAGAAAACGAUCCCCUUUAUUGUAUAGAACUACCACAGUUGAAGGAACCUGCUGAACAGGCAUAUAUUUUAUUGGUAUGGAUCAACGUUCUUGUAAAGGGUGACCUGAGGCAACGCUUUGGUAGUCCAUACACAAUGCAGGUUUCUCGUGAAACUUCUUACGAAGAUCUCCAGAAACUUUUGCUCAAGGAAAUGCAUAGUACCUUGACCGACGAUGUUUUAACAUCCAGCCAAAAUCCAGGAUUAUUUAACAUUCGUGUUGCUGAUCCAGCAGCGACACCUAUUCAAGACGAACAUCCUUGCAUUGAUCCUUGCGUUGAACAUCCACUUUAUACGGAACAAAUCGAACAAGCAUUAGCACUCUGUGCCGAUGACUCCGGUCCUCAACAUGUUAAAUUGAUUCUCGAAUGGGACGAGGCUACGAAGAAUAAUAUUAUUCAAGAUGACAGUGAUCAGAUCGAAGAACACGCCAGUGUAAAACAAUUGAAGACUAAUUCAGAGCUAGGCGGUGCGGUCACGCUCGAAGAAUGUUUUGAUCUUUAUACAAGAGCAGAGACGUUAGGAGCUGAAGAUGCCUGGCAUUGUCCAUAUUGUAAUAAAAAACAAGAAGUCGUGAAGAAGCUAGGACUUUGGUCUUUGCCUGAUAUUUUAGUAAUACAUUUGAAAAGAUUUCGUCAACAAUCGAAACAAAGAUCUACAUCGAAAUUGACAAUGCUCGUAGAUUUUCCACUUUAUGGUUUUGAUAUGACUCCUCAUCUUGCUCAUAGCGGAGUACAAACGCAUAAUAACGUUCCUACCCUUGGAGGCUUAGGUUGGUCUCCAUGGAAAAAGCCAAGGCCACGACAUCAAAGUAUUCCCAAAUACGAUGAGAAUGUUUAUGAUCUCUAUGCCAUUUGCAAUCAUCAUGGACAAGAUCUUCAGGGUGGUCAUUAUACCGCAUUUUGUAGAAAUCCAUACGACACUCAAUGGUAUUGCUUCGACGAUACAAGGGUCGAAGCUGUUAAUGAUACGAAUCUUAUAACGAAUGCAGCUUACAUGUUAUUUUAUCAACGAAGAGGAUUGACUAGUAACUCUACUGGAAAUUCCUCAGCGGCCUCGACAAGUUCGGCGGGCUCGGGUCUAGAUCAUUGGGUCUCUAAGAUGCCACCGUUUUAUUUUAAUAAUAAAACUAGUUGUAACGUCACAAAUAAUAAACAAAGUAAGUCGCAGGAAAUAUUGUGCCAGGAAAAAAUUGUCGAAGAGAAGAAUAUGAAUAAUUUUAAUAGAGGCUCUCGUAAUUAUGCAACUCUACAGCCAAAGAAGCGAAACGUGGCAACCGAAACGGAUGCUGGAAACAUUGAUCAUUGCUCGGAUGACGAAGCUCCUUGUAGAAGAGAAUGGGCUUCACCAAAACCCGUCAGGAAAACAUCUUCUAUCACGUUGACGCCUCAUGUACCAGUAACAAUAAUACAAAAUUCUAAUAGUAAUCCAGAUACAACGGUGAUCCAUGAAUCUACAUUGUAACAUACAAUGUAAGCCAGAUUUAGUCUGGCUUCGAGCGUCGUUUAAUGUUCAGUGCCUGGAAUAUUGUAUGCUCAUGAGUUUCGUUAGAAAAUGAUUGAUAUAACAAAAGACUCUAUUUGAUAGAACUUAAUAAAUACAUAUUUAAAUUCUUUGUUAAGAUAGUGUUCGAGAUGAAUGAUAGGUGUCCUAGAAGAUGAACACUAAUAAUCUUUCAUUCUGAAUUUAUAUACAGUGCUUUUUCGUACCAGAAGUCGCGAAAGCUGUGAGGGAUCUCAAGAGUUUUGCUCUUCUUUUUUGAUGUUAUUUCUACAAUCUUCUAUAUAAAGAGUUUGAAAAAAAAAAAAA